GUCACUUCCGCCCAGGCCUGGCAGUGGCUGAGCCUGGCUUUGCUCGGGGGCAGCAGUAGCAACAGCGGCAAGGGGAGGAGGAGGAAGAGGAGGAGAAGGGAAGGAAGGAAGGAAGGAAGGAAAGAAGGAAAGAGCAUCCGGCCUCGCCACUCGCCUCAGCGCCCCGGGCCCAGCCGAGCAGCCAGCCGGGGCCGCGACUCCGCGGGCCUACGCCACGCACGGGAUCGGGCCCGGCCGGAUGGGCGCCUGAGCUUUGGGCCCCUCGGCGCCCUGGAUUGGGGCCUGUUCAGAGCUCCCGGAAGCUGAGAGCAGGAUGUUCCGGUUCAUGAGGGACGGAGAGCCUGAGGAUCCCAUGUUCCUCAUGGACCCUUUUGCUAUUCACCGACAACAUAUGAGCAGGAUGCUGUCAGGGGGCUUUGGCUACAGCCCUUUCCUUAGCAUCACAGAUGGGAGCAUGCCAGGGGCUCGACCUGCUAGUCGAAGGAUGCAGGCUGGGGCUGUCUCACCUUUUGGGAUGCUGGGAAUGACAGGUGGCUUCAUGGACAUGUUUGGGAUGAUGAAUGAUAUGAUCGGGAAUGUGGAGCACAUGACAACUGGAGCCAACUGUCAGACCUUUUCAUCCUCCACUGUCAUCUCUUACUCCAACCUGGGUGAUGGCGCUCCCAAAGUCUACCAAGAAACAUCUGAGAUGCGCUCAGCACCAGGUGGGAUCCGGGAGACAAGAAGAACAGUGAGGGACUCUGACAGUGGGCUAGAGCAGAUGUCCAUUGGGCAUCAUAUCCGAGACAGGGCACACAUCCUCCAGCGUUCUCGAAAUCACCGAACUGGGGACCAGGAAGAACGGCAGGACUACAUCAAUUUGGAUGAGAGUGAUGCGGAAGCGUUUGACAAUGAGUGGAGGAGAGAGACAUCCCGAUACCGGCCACAGCGCCCCCUGGAAUUUCGUCGGCAUGAGGCUGCUGGGGCGGGUGGGGGUAGAAGGGCAGAGGGACCCCCUCGGCUGGCUAUACAGGGCCCUGAGGAUUCCCCCUCCCGACAGUCAAGACGCUAUGACUGGUGAGGACCCCACCCACCCACCCAGGUCC